CGUGGCCGGGAAUAGCAGCGGCGCUCCUGCCCGCGCACGCUUUCAGUGAUCUUCCCCGCGGCGACAUAUGUCUUCGUGUGGUCGCUUCCCCGCCUCAUGCCUCCUGCGACUCACACUUCCCGGCCAGCUUUCCAGUCCCCUCGGCCAGCCAUGUAUAAGAAGCCCUCCCCGCCUUCCCGCCCUCCCUUAUCCCGCCUUUCCUAUCUCCCCAAUUUCCGUUCCCUCCCAGAUCUUAGCUGACCUCCUCCGCCAUGAGCAACGCAUGCUCAGUGUCGCCGAGCCCGACCAACGUCGACUUCCCUUCAACACCUAAUGACCGGGAUGUCAUACCACCAACAUCGAAACAGACGCCGCGCACGCUCGUCCUCUGCUUUGAUGGCACUGGCGACCAGUUCGACACCGAUAACUCCAAUGUCAUCUUGUUCUUCUCCAUGCUUAUGAAGGACAACCCCGAGGAACAGAUGGUGUAUUAUCAGUCUGGCAUCGGCACCUAUACGAUCCCAGAAAUCGCGACGCCGCUAUACGCGGGUAUCUCCAAAACUCUCGACGAGAUGAUCGCUUGGAACCUGAAUGCGCAUGUCAUGGGCGGCUACGAGUUCCUCAUGUCGAAUUAUCGCGCCGGGGAUAAAAUUUGCCUAUUCGGCUUCUCUCGCGGCGCAUAUACUGCCAGGGCUCUGGCUGGCAUGAUCCACAAGGUUGGCCUCCUGCCCAGGUCAAAUCACCAACAAGUUCCCUUCGCAUACCACAUGUUCACGCGCGACGACGAAUGGGGUUGGAGGCAGUCCACGGAAUUCAAGAAAACGUUCUCGAUGGACAUCGACAUCGAGUUCAUCGGCGUGUGGGACACCGUUCGCUCCGUCGGACUCAUCCCGCACACACUUCCCUUUACCUCCUCCAAUAGCGCGAUCAAGAUCUUCCGGCACGCGCUCUCGCUCGACGAACACCGCGCUAAAUUCAAGGCGAACCACUACCAGUGGCCGACCGAGCUCGAGCUCAAGCAAGGCGUGCAGCCGGGCCAAAUGCCCAAGGCGGGGCAGCGCCAAGCGAGCGGCUGGGGUAAGAGCGCAAAGGACGCGAAGGGCAGAAAGCCGGGCCAGAGACGCUCGAGCAGCCAGGAAGAGAUGCGUCAUGAGCAAGAGUUCUCCGCUGCUGACGGACAUAACGCCGUCACGAAUGUGAAGGAGGUGUGGUUCGCCGGUUGCCACACAGAUGUCGGCGGCGGCUCCGUGGAGAACACGAGCAGACACAACCUCGCGCGCAUCCCUCUGCGCUGGAUGAUCCGCGAGUGCUUCCUCACCGGGAUUGGCGUGCGCUUCCACUCCGAGCUCCUGCGCAACGUCGGGCUCGACCCCGACGCGCUCUCCAAGAACGCCCCGCGCCCGCCGCCGCUCUUCGCCGAGCCCGGCUCGCCGCUCAUCCGCCCGCGCCACGCGCGCGGCCGCUCGGACGUGACGCUCGUGGAUGGCGAGGAUCAUGGGCCGCGGUUGAGCGAGGAGCAGGAGGACCUAAUCGACGCACUGUGUCCGAUCUUUGACGAGCUGAAAAUCUCGCGGUUGUGGUGGAUCCUCGAGGUCAUCCCGCUCGUGCACCGCGUGCGCGACAAGAUGUAUGGGUGGGUCGAUAAGUGGAUCACUAACUGGGGCAGGGGCCGGACCGUGCCAGACGACGCCGUGUUCAACGUGCACCGCAGCGUCGAGAUUCGGCUGAGGGCGGGCAGGGACGGCCUCCUCGAAGGCGCGGCGUACAAGCCGAACGCGAUCAUUCCUCACGGAUUGAAGAUGAACUUCGUCGACUGAAAAGCGGUAGCGGGCGGCAUGCGCGACGCUCGUGU